GUAUCUCUUCUUAGUAAUAGUAAACACAGGAGUAUCUGCUUGCUGUGGCUUGAACUAUAGGAUUUCCUCAUCUUAAAAGAAAAGGGAGAGAGAUAGAGAAAAAAAAAAGAGAUUGUACAAUUUUCAUCAUGAGUCUGGGCCACAAACACUUGCAGUUCCUGGCGAGGACGGUGCUGGUGCGGGGCAAUGACGUGGAGGAGGGCAUGAGGGUGAUAAAUCGGAUUAUGGGAAGAGAAGGCCUUAUUGAACGCUACAGGUUAACAAGGUAUUAUGAAAAACCAUAUCAGACUCGACGUCGCAUCAACUUUGAAAAGGCCAAGGCUAUUUAUAAUGAAGACAUGAAUAGGAAGAUCCAGUUUGUGAUGAGGAAAAACCGGGCUGACCCAUGGAUAGGUUGUGCCUGAAAUCAAUGUCCAGAAGCUGUUUACUGUACAAUGUAAUUGGUUGUGUAUGUAAACUUAUUAAUAAAAUGUAAAUAGAUCCA